CGUAACGUUUGAUUGGCUACGAACGCGGAAAUGACUUCUUCCAUUUAGCUGCUUCGGGUGUCAGGAAAAAUACUGAAAAUAUAUUCCCAUUGAUUUAGAACGAAUCAUCUCGUUCUCAUACAUGCUUCAGACACAGGAAAAUCCGUCACGUUAGAGAGAGAACUGACAGUUGUAGAUCUUGCUGAAAACCAGUCAGCUUCGUCUCCUUCUUUUCAUUUGACCCGUCUGUGUCUCACAGCUGGUCGGAGCUCGCGAUGGACGCAGACACAGACGGUUCUGGAGGGCCAGAUGAGUCUGGGAGGAGGCGAAAGGUGCAUGGUAUGCUGAAGCUUUACUAUGGGCUGGAUGAAGAAGGAAAGAUCAGCGAGAAGUCGCAGUCUCUGGAUCCCUGCGACAUCAACGGGCCACAUUUUGACCCGGAGCUCUACCUCAACAAGCUCAGGAGGGAGUGCUCUCUGGCUGAGCUGAUGGAUCAGGAGACCUGCAUGGUGAAGCAGAUUCGAUCUCUGGACAGUGACAUGCAGACUCUGGUCUAUGAAAACUACAACAAGUUCAUAUCUGCCACAGACACAAUAAGGAAGAUGAAAAAUGACUUCAAAAAAAUGGAGGAUGAGAUGGACUGCUUGUCUGCAAACAUGGCUGCGAUCACUGACUUCAGUGCUAAUAUCAGCGGCACGCUUCAAGAUCAGCAUGCACAGAUUACAAAACUCUCAGCGGUUCACACUCUGUUGAGGAAGCUUCAGUUUCUCUUCGAGUUGCCUGCUAGACUGAACAAGUGUCUGGAGCUGAAAGCCUAUGCUCAGGCAGUGAGCUUUCACCGCAGAGCCCGCUGUGUGCUCCAGCAGUACAGCCACCUGCCCUCCUUCAAGGGCAUCCAGGACGACUGUCACGCCAUCAUGGACAUGCUGGCUCAGGAGCUUCGACAAAGGUUUAGGGAUGGAGGGACGAGUGCCAAGGAUUUGUCCGAGUGUGUGGAGCUGCUCCUUCAAUUGGACGAGCCUGCAGAAGAACUUUGUGACAAAUUCCUGAGCCAUGCUCGGUCUCGACUCGAGGCUGACCUGCAGGGCCUGGAAGCGGAGAUACGACCAUACCCCACUGCUGUGAAAGAUGCUUCUGCACGCAGGUCUUCAGCAGGAUCACCGACUGACUCCUCCCCUAAAACCAGCUCCCUUCCCUCUCCCACUCCAAACACUGACAUCUUGGAGUUUAUAGACCGAGGCUGCAAUGAGUUUGUGAGCAGCUUGUGUUUAGUUAUUGCCUCCUAUCAAGAAUUGUUCAUCAACCACGCUCAGACAGGUGAACUGGCAUCCAAGAAUAUCCCUCAGAUGGCAAACCGGAAGCUGCACGUGUUUGUGGACGAUCUGGCUGCUCAGUAUUUCUCGCUGGUGGAAAGGAGGAUACAAGAGGAGAAAGGAGUCAGCGAUAACUCCCUCUUGGUCCGUGCACUCGACCGCUUCCACCGCAGGCUCCAGGCUGUUUCCAAACUGCUGCCGAACUCCACCGUCCCAAACCAGGGCACAGAAAUCGUGAUCCGAGCAGCGACGGAGCGGGUGAAGCAGUACCUGGCUGCCCUGCAGAGUUUCUACAUGGACAGUCUGACGGAUGUGAGGCAGGCUCUGGCGGCGCCUCGCCUAUCUGUGGCCGGAGGGACAGGGUCAGGGGGUGGGCCUCAUCUAGGGGGAGGAGCCACCAGCAGAGAUGCUCCAAACAGUCUGCCGGAGCUGCUGUCUAUCCUGUCGGCAUCUAUUCUCAACCAGAUUAAAUCUGUAUUGGCUUCAGUGCAUCUAUUCACAGCUAAAGACAUCACAUUCUCAAACAAACCAUACUUCAAGGGGGAGUUCUGCAGCCAGGGGGUGCGUGAGAGUCUGGUGGUGAACUUCAUCAAGUUUGUGUGUCAGUCCUCUCGUCAGUUUUGUGAGAGUGCAGGUGACAAAGGAGGUUCCACUCCCCCAGCGCUCCUCCUCCUUCUGUCCCGUCUCUGCUUGGAUUUUGAAACCUCUACCAUCUCCUACAUACUGACUCUUACAGACGAACAGUUCCUUGUGCAGCACCACAGUCCUGUAACUCCUGUCACAAUUUUGUGUACAGAAGCCAGAGAGGCAGCGCAGAAACUGCUAAACCAUUAUGUCAAGGUUCAGGGUCUGAACAUCUCCCAAAUGUUACGAAAGAGUGUGGAAACACGAGACUGGGUCAACACCAUCGAGCCGCGAAAUGUUCGUGCCGUAAUGAAGAGAGUAGUAGAGGACGCGACCUCCAUCGAUGUUCAGGUGGGUCUUUUGUAUGAAGAAGGUGUGAGGAAAGCCCACAGCAGUGACUCCAGCAAAAGAACCUUCUCUGUGUACAGCAGCUCCAGACAGCAAGUCCGCUACGCUGCUAGCUACACUCCAAGUGCUCCAAUGGACACAAAUCUGCUCAGUAACAUCCACAAGCUGUUUUCUGAGAGGAUCGACAUCUUCAGCUCAGUGGAGUUCAACAAGGUGUCUGUGAUGACAGGAAUUAUCAAAAUAAGUCUGAAGACAUUCCUGGAGUGCGUCCGCCUGCGUACCUUUGGCCGCUACGGCCUGCAGCAGAUCCAGGUGGACUGCCACUAUCUGCAGAUGUAUCUGUGGCGCUUUGUUUCUGACGAGAACCUUGUGCAUUUCCUGCUGGAUGAGAUAGUGGGAAGUUGUGCUCAUCGCUGUCUGGACCCUUCUCCGAUGGAGCAGAGUGUGAUCGAAGUCAUCUGUGAGAGAGGCUGAGGUUUAGCCUGAGAGUUUAGAAAUCAUACCCUGGCGUUUUUUUUUUUUUUGUGUGUCAUAUAUUGAAAUGAUACUGUAGACAUAUUCGCCACAUGUGCUCAUCAACUUGAGAGAAAUCAGCUAAAGCAUUGUAAACACUCUUGAUUGUAAAUGGCUCUUCAUUUCUAGGAUGCCACCUUUGAAGUGCAGACUAUUGAGUUUGGAUUUACAUUUUUAUUUCAUGCAAUAUACUGACACUAUAAUCCUACAGAUGCUUCUUAUUAAAUUUAAUGUCACUGAAGAAUUUUAAAUCAAUGAAUAAGAUUGUUCUGUGAUAAUACUAAUAUAUGCAAUUAGGGGAAUACUUAGCUGUACAAUUUGUAAUCGGUUAAUUGAUUCAUUGUCCCGUACAUGGAGCAAAACCUGACUGUAGUUAAUUGUGGUCAGUAUAUGGUCUUUAAUAAAAUAUGGAAUUUAAAUGUU